UUUAAAACCCCCUCGAUGGGCGCGGCAGAGCUCCACCACACCAUCAAAACAAACUCCGUCGAGAGCGCCUCAAAACCACCAGAAAAUUUCCCCAAGAUCGUCCCCAGCACAAAGAAGCAGCGCAGAUCGCAGAUGGAGCAGUCCGGCGCCAAGAAGUCGAACAAGAUCACCGAGAUCGUGCGCAUGCAGCAGAUGCUGAAGAAGUGGCGCAAGCUCUCGGUCACCCCCAAGGACAAGGAGCCAAGCUCGCCCACCGCCGCCGGCGGCGGCGGCAAUGCCGGCGAGAGCAAGGCCAAGAAGUUCCUGAAGCGGACGCUUUCCUUCACGGACGGCCCGCCGUCGGGCUCCCCUCCGCCGCCGCCCAAGGGCCACCUCGCCGUGUGCGUGGGCCCCGCGAUGCAGAGGUUCGUGAUCCCGAUGGAGUACCUGAAGCACCGCGCCUUCGCGGCGCUGCUGCGGGAGGCCGAGGAGGAGUUCGGCUUCCAGCAGGAGGGCGUGCUCCGCAUCCCCUGCGAGGUCCCCGUCUUCGAGUCCAUCCUCAAGGCCGUCGAGAAGAACAAGAAGGACGCCGCCUUCUGUUACUGCAGCGUCGAGUACGCCGCCGACGAGGUCGGACGUGGCACGCCCAACAACCCGCUCUGCAGAUAGGCGGAGCUCAAGAGUCAAGAACAAAACAAAAAGGAAUAUUUUCUUCCUCUUUUUUUUCCCCCCUUGUUCUUUGUAACGUGGUGUGGUGAGGGAUGAGUCAAUAGUAUCUCCCCCCGCGGAUUAGAAUUACUGCUCUGAUUUUUAUCUCUGCUGAACUGAGCUGAUCUGGACUGGGUAAUGCAGCCCUCAUGGAUGCAAAUUAUUAUGGAAAAAUUGAUGCGGAAACGAAGGAUUUUCUGUGUUCUUUUGAAAGGCAUUGAGGAGGAGCUAGCUAUCUGUAACUGAAAGAUUCGAUUUUUUUUC